UGCUUGACUUCAGCAGACAGAGCAUAAACAGUGUUGUGUUAGCUGUUAUAGACUUGCAGGUGUUACAUAUCUGAAUUCCCAUUUUUAGAAUCAUAAAUACAAUGGAUGUCGAAGAAAGCAACCAGAAUCUGAAUGUGAUGGCUUCAUCAGGAGCUACGGGGAGUAUAUCUGUAUUACUGCACCCUUUGGUUGUCAUGAACAUAUCGGAACACUGGACUCGAGUACGAGCACAAGAAGGCAAAGCACAGCAAGUGAUUGGUGCACUUAUUGGAAAACAGAAAGGCAGGAGUUUGGAAAUCAUGAAUUCAUUUGAACUUGUAUUCACUGUUAUUGACAACAUUGUGAUUGACCGAGACUACUACAACACUAAAGAGGAACAAUUCAAGCAGGUGUUUAGUGAUAUGGACUUCCUGGGUUGGUAUACCACAGGUGAUACUCCAAAUGAAUCUGACAUACAUGUCCAUAAGCAAAUUUGUGAAAUCAACGAAAGCCCUGUCAUUCUGAAGCUCAAUCCAUUUACACGAAAUGCUGACCUUCCUGUCACAAUGUACGAGUCUGUAAUUGAUCUUGUCAAUGGAGAGGCUACCAUGCUAUUUGUUGAGCUGAGCUACACAUUGGCUACAGAGGAAGCAGAAAGGAUUGGAGUUGAUCAUGUCGCCAGGAUGGCGUCUGGAGAUUCUGCUGAAAGUUCUCAAGUGGCGGAGCAAUUGCAAGCUCAGCACAACGCAGUAAAAAUGCUUGCUAACCGAGUACGAUUGAUAUUGGAAUACAUUCGGGCCAUGGAACGUGGAGAAGUACCAAAAUCACACGAAGUUUUGCGGGAAGCCAAAUCUCUGACUCACAGACUACCUGUACUCAAUUCGGAAAUUUUCCAGGAAGAAUAUUACACUCAAUACAAUGAUGUCUUGCUGCAGACGUAUUUGGCAUCCAUUACUAAAGCUUGCCACGACCUUCACCAAUUUGUCACCAAAUUCAACAUACUCUGCGAUCGCCAAGGCAUAAUGGGUCGCCGAAUGCGAGGUCUCUUUUUUUGAACUGAGCUAUUCAUAAACUAUUGAAAUAAAAUUUUUCGUGUCAACCCUAAUACAGAAAUUUCGUUAAGAUUC